AGCGCUAAAAAUUUCCCUCACCCAACCUUGAUCCUGUUUGACCCACUUCUGAAGAGUCAAGAUAUAUGAAUAUGACUAAUCCUCUCCGUUCGUAUUUUCUUAUUGACUCUUUCUGACCCUUUAGGUUGGGGCGGGUCGGGAAGAAUCGGAUUAGUGGGUCGGUCCUAAUCAAGUGGAAUCUCAAUCCCUUCACUCUCACUUGUUUUCUCUCCUAUUCCACAAGUGGGUAACAUACAGUAAUCCGGCCAACGGGCCGGGUAAUAGGCUAGUUAGGUUUAAGUUGAAUAAAAAUUGAGAAGACCCACAGGAGAAUUCUUUGCUUUUAGAUCCACCGCUCACAAGUGGGUAACAUACAGUAAUCCGGCCAACGGGCCGGGUAAUAGGCUAGUUAGGUUUAAGUUGAAUAAAAAUUGAGAAGACCCACAGGAGAAUUCUUUGCUUUUAGAUCCACCGCUCUGCCAGCGCAUCCAACGCCGAAUCCCUCUCUCCACCACCACCUGCCCAGCUUCCCUUCAACCUUCGACCCAGACCGAUCGCAUCCCACGGUUCACAUCCUUAACCCAAAUCAUGACAUAGACCACGAUCCAAAUCCCCAAUCUAAAUCGUGACUGGAGCUCCCAGCAGCGGCGAGAGAUAGAACGACGAUGAAUUCUUGCCCGUUGCAUCUUCUCUUCUCCCCAACCCGCGCGCAUGCAUCCCCAAAUCGAAACCCAAUUUAGAUGAUAGCACUCGCUUCACAGCUCUACUGAACCUCAAUUCUUGCCUCCUUCGACCAACCACCACAGCUUUUGAAACUUCUAUCGUCGCAUGUGAAUCCGGUCGCCUUUGUGUACUCCGCCGACAAACCCCUCUUCCUUGCGAUUCGAAAGAAACCCAACUUUCGUAUAUGCUAUGGAAAGCUAAAAUUCUCAAUUUCAUAAUUGUUGUCGACAAGGAGCUAAAGGAUGGAAGGUGGAAGCUAGAAAUUAAGAGAAGGAACAGAGAGGGAGAAGAAGAGGUAAUGGAGUCAUCUGUGAGAGAGGAGCAAAGGAAGAAAGAGACAGGGGCAGCGUGGGAAGAGAAAGUAAGCAGAAUACGUUAUUUGUAGAGGUGUUAUUUACAAUAACUCAUUUUUGUAUUAUUUCAAAAUAACUCAUCUUUAAAUAAUCCAUUCCACCAAUUCGAAUCCAAACGAGUUAUUUUGGUCCAAAUAACUCUUUGUGAGUUAUUUUGGUCCAAAUAACUCGUUGUGAGUUAUUUGGGUCAAAAUAACUCAUCCAAAUCACCCAUCCAAACGACCCCAAAAGGUUAAUAUUCCAAGUCAAAACUGAAUCAUAGAUACUUUUUAAGCAGAAAAAAUCUUUCUUCAAAUAUAUAUUUAAUAGUAGAGAAAAUAAUCAUAUAAACUUUUUUAUGUUUGUUGUUGGCCCCAAAAGUUAAAUACCGAUGUAGUCGAUGUUUUUUUUUUUGUUAUAGGUAUAAUAUGCCCCUUUAAUAUGUCGUUUUAUCAAACAUGCCCCUCUACAAUUUUUUACAUCAAACAUGCACUUGUACUUUAGAAAGAUGAUCAAACAUGCCCUUCUGUUAAUAUUUUCAUCCAAAAACAGUCAAUCAUGGUCGUACCUUGGUUUGGGCGACACAAAUGUCUAAAAUUUCCUUGGUAAUUUCACUUAAAAAAAUUUUGGGUUCGUUUGUAGAGCCAAAUACCUCUAAUAAUUUCACUUAAAGAUAUCUAGAAAAAUAAAAUGGGGAACAAAACUGACAUUUUCGCUCUCAUUUGUUGAUGUCGGGUCAUUUACAUCUCGGUUCAACCAUGGUUGGCGAUUUUUUUAAUAUAAAUUUUAACAAAAGAACAUGUUUGAUCAUUUUUUCAAAGUACAAAAGCAUGUUUAAUAAAACUACAUAGUAGAGGGGCAUAUUAUACCUAUAACUUUUUUUGGUAGGAAUGUAGUAGAUGUUUUCAACUAACAUUACCCCAACCCUCACUAUAAUCACACAGAUUCAACUUGUAUUUGUUUGUAAUUUUGUAUUGAACCCGAUUUUUGUACUCACGUCACGUGUUCCACUUCCAAGCAUAGAAAAUAUCAAGAAAGUAAAGGCUCUCAUUAUCUACCCUUAAAAUCAAUUAAUUAUUUUUCCUAAAAAAAUCAAUUAAUUAUUUGAUUAAUCCAAGUAUCCACUAUCCCCGUUCAUUCACUCGAAAUUCAUUCAGGAAAAAAAAAAUUUCAUUCAGAAAAAAACUGAAAAAGAAUUCGCAGUUGUCACUCUGCUACUCCCCCAUUUCCUUCCCUUUAUAAAAAACCCCACUGCCCUCCCCACCACCAUCUCCUCCUCCAAAUUCAUCUCCCACCCAAACAAUCACAAACCAGACACCAAACCCAAUACAGCCAUGGGGUCUCUCAGAUCUUCUUCUGCGAUGCUACUCCUACUCUGCUUCGCCUUCACCCUCUCUUCCGCUCUGGACAUGUCCAUAGUCUCCUACGACCUAACCCACCCGGACGCCGAUUCCAGCUGGAGGACCGACGACGAGGUGAUGACGAUCUACGAGGACUGGCUGGCCAAGCACGGCAAGUCCUACAACGCGCUCGGAGAGAAGGAGAGGCGCUUCCAGAUCUUCAAAGACAACCUCCGUUUCAUCGACGGCCACAACUCCUUGAACCAGUCCUACACCGUCGGCCUCAACAAGUUCGCCGAUCUCACCAACGACGAGUACCGCUCCAAGUACCUCGGAGUCCGCGGAGGCCAGGGGAAGCCGCUUCGCGAGCCCAAGCCUUCCGAUCGGUACGCGCCGCGCGUCGGCGAGUCCCUCCCUGACUCCAUCGACUGGAGGGAGAAAGGCGCCGUCGCCGAAGUCAAGGACCAAGGCGGCUGCGGAAGCUGCUGGGCGUUCUCUACGGUGGCCUCCGUGGAAGGAAUCAACCAGAUCGUAACAGGGGAUCUCAUCACCCUCUCGGAGCAAGAGCUUGUAGACUGUGAUACUUCCUACAAUGAAGGAUGCAACGGAGGACUUAUGGACUAUGCAUUCCAGUUCAUCAUCAAGAACGGUGGUAUUGACACCGACGUGGACUACCCUUACACAGGAUACGACGGCAGAUGCGACUCUUACAGGAAAAACAAUGCCAAGGUGGUUUCGAUUGAUAACUAUGAGGAUGUUCCCAUCAACGACGAGGCCGCCUUGCAGAAGGCUGCUGCAAGCCAACCCAUCGCCGUCGCCAUUGAAGCUGGUGGCAGAGGCUUCCAGUUCUACACUUCGGGAAUAUUCAGCGGGCCAUGCGGAACCCAACUGGAUCACGGAGUGGGAGUAGUGGGAUAUGGAUCCGAGGGAGGGAAGGAUUACUGGAUCGUCAGGAACUCAUGGGGCAAAAGCUGGGGAGAGAGCGGGUACUUGAGAAUGGAGAGGAACAUCGCCGCGAAGACUGGGCUGUGUGGCAUUGCGAUGGAGCCUUCUUACCCUAUCAAGAACGGCCAGAACCCACCGAACCCUGGUCCAUCCCCACCAACUCCAGUCACUCCUCCCAGCGUCUGCGACGAUUACUAUUCGUGCCCCGCCAGUGAAACCUGCUGCUGCAUCUUCGAGUUCGGUAAGUACUGUUUCGAAUGGGGAUGCUGCCCUCUAGAUGGCGCCACAUGCUGCGAGGAUCACUACAGCUGCUGCCCGCAUGAGUACCCUGUCUGCAAUGUCAACCAGGGCACCUGCAUGAUGAGCGCAAACAACCCAUUGGCGGUGAAGGCGAUGAAGAGCAACAGGGCCAAGCCUCGGUUUCCUCUUGAGGCUCUUCUUGGCAGGAAGAGCAAGGCUUAAGCUGCAAGUUUAGUGGAGCUUUUCCACUCACAUCAAUGGUGGAAUAGUGGAAACUUGGAGAAGGGGUUGAGGCAUUGUGCUGCAGCAGUGGUGUGGCUCUCCUCUAUACCUUUUGGUUUCUUCUUGCUCUGCUUCGCAUUUGAAUUUCAGUGAUUGGGGGAAGAUGGGAUGUUGGGUUUGAUUCGCAGAUACACUGGUUUAUGUAAAUAAUGGCAACCCCUGUACUGUAGUAAUUAAUGUUAAAUGGUUGGGAUUUGGUUUAACAGGAGAUACUAAUCAGGCGCUUCCAGAUAAAUUAUCUUCUCGUUGAUUUGUACAUGCCUGUGGGAACUAGUCAAAUGAUACACUCUGCUGUAAUUUCUCCAAAUCAAUCAAUAUCAGCUCUUCUG